AUGCUUAGUCCGUAUGAGAAAGAGGACUUUAUUUGUGGUCGUGUUUCAUUAUCGGAUUUGGCGCAGACACUUGUCGUUGACUAUGAGCACGUGGAAAAUUCGGUUCUUUCGAUCGUCAAACAGUCAACUUCAUUCGUGCUCUGUAAUGCGGAACUCAUUUCGAGAGAUUACAUAGAUUCGCUAUGCAAAGAGCUGAAUGAACGACUCGCAGAGACCGGAGCUUUGUCAGUUUCGCAGCUGGCCAAAAAUUGGGAUCUGCCAAGUGAGAUUUUGUACACAUUGGUGCUCACUGAAAUUGGUAAUAAAAUCGAUGCGAUGCGAGAAGGUGAUACAAUUUACACACGGGCUUACGUUCAUUCACAACUGAAUUACAUCAGAGCCAUACUCAACUCCUUGACAAAGGUUACGCCAGUCUCAAAGUUAAGUGCGCAACUGAAUUUAUCACCGUCAUUGUUCUGGUCACUCUACGAUGAGCUGGCCGCUGCGAAUGAAAUACCAGGUACUGUUAUUGGCAAUCGCUCAUCGAAUUUAGCCUACUACGUGCCAAACCUUCACUCGAUGCUAGUCAAGUCAUUUGUUUUGAAGUCGUUCGAACAGAAUCAAUCGAUUGGUGAGUUUCUCGCCAUCUCCAUUAUUACUGUUCUCAUGUUGGGCAUAUCUGUCAAAUCGCUCUGUUGGAACUGA